UUGCGGAUAAAUGGAUUCGCCACAAUCCGUGGCUUAAUUCUUUGACUCAAAACUUAAUAACAUUUAAAGUAUAAAUAAGUAAAUAACGAAAACAAGAAAAAACAAUGACAGACCCAACUUUAACUAUCACUCACGAGCAACUAAAAUCACUUAUAGAAUCUGUGCGGUUAAACAUUCAAGCAAGCGCCAACGCUGCCGCUCCAGCCACCGUCCAAACCAAGGGCAGCUUCUCGAACUGUAGCAGCCAUUUCCGUGGCCAACGUGACCAUGAGGCCGUCGAAGAGUUCAUCAACUCCAUCGUAACUUAUAAAGAAAUUGAAUCUAUAAGCGACGAAGAUGCGCUUAAAGGGCUCUCUUUACUACUACAAGGGCUUGCGUCCACUUGGUGGCAAGGCGUGCGCAAAGAAGCGAAAACUUGGGCGGACGCCAUUGCAUUGAUACGCGAUAACUUCUCGCCCACCAAGCCGGCCUACCAAAUCUACUUAGAGAUCUUUGGAAAACGGCAAGACGAACGCGUGGCAAUAGACACUUUCAUUUGCCAGAAGCGCGCUCUACUCGCACAACUGCCUGAGGGACGUCACGACGAGCAAACCGAAUUGGAUUUGGUCUAUGGCCUGCUGAACAUCAAAUAUCGAAAGCAUAUUCAGCGCCAAGAUGUUCGGACGUUUCGCGAGUUGCUGGAGAAGGGACGAAUAAUUGAAUUCAAUAAAUUGGAAAUUGACGUCGCUCAAUCUAAUUUGGCGCGAGGACUAAAACGCACAAAACGCUGCACCUACUGUAAUUUCCGGGGGCACAGUUUUGAAGAGUGCCGCAAGCACAAAGCAAGCGAAAACAAAGAAAUUCCUACAGUACAAACAGACGCAGCACGUCCCGAAUUCACUAACCGAGACUGAUUGUCGCACAACUAAACAACUCGUCCUUGGAUCUUCAAAACGGAGCAGAAAGCAUUCGUGCAGCCAGCAGUUCGCUAACCGCCGCAACAGAAAUUUAUUUAAAUUAAUUAAGUUGUAACAGUUUUCUUAGCUUAAAUACGUAUUGUGUACAAGUUAUUGUGUAAGUUAAGUACAUUUCCGUAACUCAUUCAGCCUAUCCCGACGUCCGAGGUGUUUCGCACUUCCUACAAAUCUAAUUGAAAUUUUUUUCUUCGCAGCGCAAAGUGUCCAACUGCACCUUUCGAGUGCUUUGAAUACUUUGCUCGACUGCAGUGAUAUUUCUAUUGGAAGAGCGGGAAGAAAAGAGACACCUGGGAUACACCAACAUCACACCCAAACUAUUCAUCCGCAAACCCAGACACACGCUGUGCCAAGCACGGCUUCAGAUGGCUACGCACGCCAGCAAUGGAGUUUCUUCAUUGCCAAUUUGCAUUUUUUCUUCUGCAGAUCAUUGGAAUUUUGCAAUGAAAAUCACCAGAAGAACAUUUGCAACGAGUCACCACAGCAGAUAUUGGAAUUCGUCCGGCUCAACAUUUUUUGUGUGCAUAAAUUUCUUUCGUCGUGUCGUCAUUCAAAAUUACUACUUUUUCUUGGGUCCAUUUUAAGUGGCGUCGUGGUUGCACGUCAAGCAGCUGGCAUCUUCAGUUGAGGCUGGCAACUGCUUGACGUGUAACUACGUGAUUUGGCUUUGGAUAAUCAAGGAAAAGUAGUUUUUUUUAUAAUGUUUUCGAAACUGACGAAAGAAAUUUUGUACGAAAUGUUGGGCUUAGAGGCGAAUUCAAUAGCUGUAAGUGACUCAUAAUCGGCCGCAUUUGAGUUCGGACGCUGUGAGCUAAAAGAUAUUCACUACAACAAAUCCGCGAGCCAACCUUUCUAAAGGCUAUUCUGGAUUUUCUAAAAUUAAAGAUAUCUUCAAGCAUCGGCGUCUGCGCUUCCAUGAGGCCACAUCUAUCCGUCGCACAUCAGUAAAGCUGUUGCCUACAGCGUGUGUAUGUAUAUUUUGUCGUGCCUCUACAUUUUGGACACGCCUGUGCCAUUGGGAGACUGUAUUUCUCCAGCGCUGCGCUGUAGUAUACGUCUUUUCGGAGUCACACACUGCGCCCGAGCGCCCACUUUUGUUGUCCCUUUUGGCACGGGCAUGUCCAAUUGUAUAGGCAGGGGGGAAGUAGAUAUGCACCUUUAGGCAGAGCACUUACUAUGCGACAUAAUAUACAUAUACAGAGGCAACUCAAUGUGCGCCUCCUCCUCAAGUUCAAUAAUUGUACAACGAUGGCUAUGCGGUCGCCAUUCGUACAGCUGGCACGCCAAACUGACGUCGUUCUGUUUCACAGCGGCGUCGGAUGUGUGGCACGCUCGCGUAUUAAAAAUACGUUUCCUUUGGUUUUCGAUUCGUCACGGCAUUUGCCUCCGGAAAUGUUGUGACUGUCUUGAACCCACUGUUCAUCACAGCUCCGCAUGUACUAUUCCCUCAGUAUUCGAUAGCGCCUGACCUGACCAAGCUUUCGUACACCGAUAACGCCAACCACAGUCUGGAGGAGCUGGCUCCGAAUUCGGUAACGAUUGGUCAUCGAAUAUAUAUUCAAUUUAAGAAGCGAACAUAUUGGCUUUGAAUAUUUGGCAUCGAGUACUGGGGGAAUUCGCAUGGGGAGUUCUAAUGAACAAAUGAAAUCUAUAAACUAUCUAACUCUACCAACAACCAAACCAAAAUGCAAACCUAAAAAAAAACACAAAAAACCAAAAAAAAAACACAAAAAACAAAACCCCAA